AUGUUCACAGGGUGUGGAGUGGUCACUGGCCAGAAUCAGUACCUUACCAGAGACGCUGUCAGGCCGAACCCAGAACUUGAGGUGAGCAGACAGAUACAAAUGGAAAAUGGGGUGACUUUGGGGAUGUGCCCCUUCUACCAGGGUCAAAGCUGCAAAAAUACUGGCCAGCCAGCAGUGGUCAAUGUUUCCAGCCCGCUGAAGCAAGCACCACUACCAGUCCCUCCUCCAGCACUAAAACUUGGGCAGGAGGGGUUCAAGAAAGUCUGUCGAACUGAGGAGGAUUGUCCCUGUCCCUUCCCGGGAUUGGCUUCUGGGGUGCUGGAGAUGCGUGUGAAGGAGGGAAGUAAAAUCCGCAACUUAAUGGGAUUUGCCAUGUCACGCAUGCAGGGAGAGAAAUGUUUAAGUGGUGGUGGACUGAGGCAGGUGGUCUUCACUGGGUCGGGCCGUGCGGUCACAAAGACCAUCACCUGUGCUGAGAUCAUGAAACGAAAAGUGGGCUCUCUGCACCAGCUGACUAAACUCCGCUACAAGGUAGUCAAAGAGGUGUGGGAGAGUUCUGAAGGGGGAGCAUCUGAGAUGACGGUGCACAGGACUGUGCCCUCCAUCAGCAUUCUUCUUUCCAAAGACCCGCUGGAUCCCCAGGAACCAGGCUAUCAACCUCCGGAGAACCUCACUGCAUUGUGGGAGGAAAAAGAGGCUGUCGAAUCUGCUUCACAGACAGCAUGCAAGAGACCUCUUGGACCUUUGCCAUAUAGCAGUUUCACUCACUGUAAGAGAGUGUGUUUGGGGGAAGGGGUCUCAGUUCUCCCUCCUCACUGA